AUGCAUUCAACGGCAAUAUUUCUUUUUGCUUUUGGUCUUUUAAUUACUAUUACUAUGGCAUGGCCAUGGUCAGGUAAUUCUCAUGGACAUACAGGAGGUGAAGGAUCUCAUGGAUCUCAUGGACACAAAUGGGUUAAAUAUCGUUCACCAAAACAUAUUCGUUUACCAGGUCAUCUAGCUGCAAAAUUAGGACAUCCAUGGCCAGCAUUUACAGCUAAAAAAGUCUUUCAUGGAAAAUAUAUGCUCAUUAGUCCAGCUCUUCUUUUCAAAAUCAAACAAACUGAUAAUACAGGUAGUAGUACAACUAAUGUUCCAGAAAUUUCAACAACUCAACAACCUGAAAUUGAAGAAACAACAGCAGAACCUAUUGUUGAAGAAUCAACAGCAGGACCUGAACCAGAAGAAACUACAGCAACAUUAGAAUCUUUUUUCAAACAACAAUCCUAUGCAAUCAAUAAUGAUGAACAAUUAUAUUUCUUUGAUGAGUAA